GUCACAGGAAGACAAGCCCAGCUUUGCCCACCACGGAGAAAGCUAGGACAUGGAGAGAGGGCUCAGUAGCUGAAACUGUGGGACCUGAGGCUCCGGGGAAGCUGCUGUGUAGCCCCUGAGAGUGGAAGACAGAAACCCUGCCCAAAGAGAUGAGGGAAAAGCAACAGCAGCUUGCCCAGGGUCACUUCCAACAUGAAGAUUCCAGUCAUGAUGUUUCUCCUACUGGUGUCUGUGGGCCUCAGGGAUGGACUUCAGGUUCAAAGUCACUCCAUCACACAACUAGACAUCUUUUCUCAAGAAAUACCCUUGGACAUGGCCCCAGCGUCCUUUGAUGACCAGUAUGCUGGCUGUGCAGCAGACAUGACAGCGGCUCUGCCAGGUCUCAACCACUCAGAGUUCCAGGCCAACAAAGUGUACGCGGAUGGAUGGGCUCAGGCCAACAGCCAAUGGCAGCAGCGCAAGGUUCCGCGGUCAGGGGGGGCCCUCAGCCCAACCCCCUUGCCCCCCUUGCCCUCCUUGCCCCCCUUGCCCCUACCACCCCCGGGCUUCCGGGAUGAGCACGGGGUGGCACUCCUGGCCUACACGGCUAGCAGUUCCCUGUACAGGAAAUUCAACGCGGCAGUGCGCGAGGCGGGUCGCUCUCGGGCCCACUACCUCCACCACUUCUCCUUCAAGACCCUCCACUUCCUGCUCACCGAGGCCCUGCAGCUGCUCGGGAGCCACCGAUCUCGCGGGUGCCGGCAGGUGUACAGGGGGGUGAAUGGCCUGCGCUUCCGGCCAGCGGGGCCCGGCGCUACCGUUAGGCUGGGGGGCUUUGCUUCCGCGUCCCUCAAGUACGUUGCCGCCCAGCAAUUUGGCACUGACACCUUCUUUGGUAUCUGGACUUGCCUCGGGGCCCCGAUCAGGGGUUACUCCGUUUUUCCUGCAGAGGAAGAGGUGCUGAUCCCCCCUUUUGAGACUUUCCAGGUGAUCAAUGCCAGCCGACCUGCCCAAGGUCCGGCACGCAUCUAUCUGCGCGCUCUGGGCAAACGCAGCACAUACAAUUGCGAAUACAUCAAAGAAAAGAGGUGCAGAUCGGGGCCCUGCAAGUUGGAUAGCUCAGCUCACUGUGCCAAUCUCUGCAUUUCAUCUCCAUGUCCUCACACUGCUCCUAAAUCUUUUCCUCCCGUAGCCCCGGGGCCCGUCUCUGCCUCCUGUUCUCUAAUGCUGCUGCUCUGGCUCCUUGUGCUGAGGGCCCUUCCAGAGAAUCCAGGCCUCCUGUGACCUACCAGAUGUUGAACCGGCCCUACCUGAGGAAUGUUGGUCACCUGUGCGCUUUAAGUAUAGCAGGAUCCUGGUGAAUCAGUCUAUCUGCAGGGACUUCUGGGACCUUCUAUGGCAAUGACCUUCCAGACUUGGUGACGGUGGAGACACAGAAGAGAAUUUGGAGACUGAAUCUGGUUUAGAGCUGUAGGAGUGGGACUUACUGGAGGUCAGAGGAUUCUAGGACAGGCAGAGACUUACUUGGAGCCAGAAGACGUCAACUCAUUGUGGGUGAUGAUGCAGGAGAGCACUUGGCCAUGUAGGGAUAUGCUGGGGUCACUUAAUUUUUCCUAUGGCUACCUGGAAAGUUUUGCCACCUGGCUAGGUUAGAGUACCUAUUGGUCCCUGAGCAUUUCCUAGGUCAAACUGAGCUUCUUAUGGGUAAGGAAUGGGAAGAAGGCACAAAGAAAUUGCCAGAAGCUGUGUGACAGUAAGAAAGCAACCGAUCAUAUCAGUGGUGAUUCCUGCACCCCCCCUACCUGGGCCACUCUUGAGCUCUGUAUAUGUCAGUGUGUGAGAUAGGGUGGCUGUGUCUCACUGUAAGGAUGGACAGCAGGGAAAAUGACGGAGAAAGUAUUAGACCCUCUCUCAGGGUCCUGUGAAAUCUCAGAAAGGUCAUUUCUGGGCUGGUGAGUAAGGGUGCUCGUCACCAAACCUGAUAACUUGAGUUUGGUCCCUGGAUCUCACAUGGCAGAGGGAGAGAACCGACGACCCACAUUGUUCUCCGACCUCCACAAAUGCACUCUGGUGCAUGAGCAUGUGCACGCACACAUACACAAUUGUGAUUUUUAAAAAAGAUACAACUCUUGCAUUGA